ACCCACUGCGCACAUCACUCAUCUCUGCCGCUCACCAUCACCGCCGAACCAGCCAUCACGCACAGCACGGGUUUCCGUUCAUAUCAACCGAUCGCACUGGCCUGGAGCUCUUGAUAUAUUAAUAACACUCUCCCGGACUACCGUUCCCUCCUUCCCUCACUUCAGUUUACUUGACGAUGACUUCCCCUUACCCACCGUCAUACCGUUCAGAAUACGCAACACCGUAUGACCGCACCUCUCCCUCCUCCUUCCAGCCCGUGCAACCCUACGAGCCCUCACAAUCCCAAUCUCAACAAGGCCAAAGCCAGAGGCAAGGUCUCUCCCCCUCCCGCUCUCCAGCCAACGGCGCACAAUACGACCCUCGGCUAUACAACACCCCCUAUGCCGGACCCGGUGCCGAGUCCUCGAUGGACGUCAGCCGCCCUGAGGACUUGAGCCCAGAGGACGACGACCUGGACGAGGAUUCUGCCAGUCUGAUCGAUUUUAAGAAGAUGAUGAGCUGGAGGUUCUGGCUCAGGAAGGAAUGGAUACCCUGGUAUCUUAUUGUCAUCGUGUUGGUCGUUUCGACGAUCCUGAUGACGGUAUUCCAUACGCAAAUCGUGAAUUGGAUGAAACCCGCCGCGACCUGGAUGCGAGAUCUCCCCGCAGGUUGGCUCAUCCCCGUCGCAAUCCUGUUCGUCAUCUCCUUCCCCCCUCUCUUCGGGCACGAGAUCGUCGCGAUCCUAUGUGGUGUCGUCUGGGGUCUCUGGAUCGGGUUCGCCAUCGUCGCGCUAGGCACGUUCCUAGGUGAAGUCGGCAACUUUUACGCGUUCAAGUACCUCUGUCACUCCAGGAGCGAGAAACACGAGAAGAGCACUCCGUGGUAUGCUUGUAUGGCGCGCGUCGUCAGAGAAGGAGGAUUCAAGAUCGCCUUCAUCACCCGGUUAUCCGCCAUCCCAGGCCAUUUCACCACCGCCAUAUUCGCUACAUGCGGUAUGAACAUCUGGAUAUUCUGCCUCGCAGCCGCCCUCUCCCUCCCGAAACAAUUCGUCACCGUCUACCUCGGCUACCUGCUCGAAGAGUCCGGCUCCGGCGUCCAACAGCCCGAAUCAAGCAAGAUAAUCUCCGACGUUAUCGUCGCUAUCUCCGUCCUGAUCACCAUCUUCGCAGCCUGGUACAUAUGGCACAAGAUGCAGCAAGUGAAACCGCAAGUGAUGCGCGAGAUGCGCCGGGCGAAACGGCUCGCUGGGCGUGGUCGGGAGCAGACGUUCUCCGCAUACAAGGCAGGGGAGGAGCGUGGGGGAAGUCAGGAGAACCUCUGGAACUCGGAGUUUAACGCGAGCGAUAUGACACUUACCGACCCUUCCAAGAACGAUAAGUCUAACGCCUCGGUCACUGUCAAGCCGUACAAUAACCCUUACCUCUCUUCCCCCGGGGACUCGCUCUUCCGCCCUAUGAGCUCGAAUACCGACCUACCCCCGGGCGCGGCAGCGCCCGUGUCUGUGUCUGUGAACCCAUAUUCGCAGUCUCAGUCACAGCCAGGAAGAGCUACACCACUAGCCGCAAGCGGGAAAUACGCACCUCCGAGUCAGACGUAUUUCCAAAACCGGCAGCAGGAUGACCUGGUGGGGAUGGAGCCGUUAAGUCCUGCACCUGGAACGCUAGAUCAGGGGUACUACUCUGCGCCCCAGACCCAGAGUCAGAGUCAGUAUCUGGCUCCUACAUCUGCACAAACGCACUCCCAGAUGGUGGACAACCCUUUUGAAGACCAUCAUGCGUAUACGCCGCCGCCGCCGCCGCCACUGCCGGCUGGUCCGACUCAGGCGGGGGCGGGGGCGGGGGCGGGGGCGGGGGGGGGGAAGGGGAAGGGGAUCGUCGUGCCCCAACCGCAGUAUGCCCAGGCUCAGACUCCACCAGUGCUGGCUAUCCCUCCCCCUCCCCCUGCGCCCGCGCCGCUGCCUCAGGGGCCGGACGCGCCUUUCCCGGUUAUGACUAACCGUGGUCCUGGUUCGGGGGGGGCGAGGAGAGGUGUGCAGUUACGUGAUGGUUGAACGCUGAGCUCGGGAGCGCGGCAGGGAAGUGUGGGAAAUGUUGUAUAUGUAAUUGCUUUGUGAUGAGGAAGGAAGAAGUGCGUAUGCGUAGUUGAUCGAUGACUGGGGUACAGUACUGGAGCGUCUUCCCCCCUCUUUUCUCCUUUUCUCCCCUCUUCUCUUCUCCUCUCCUCUUCUCUUCUCUUCUCUUCUCUUCUCUUAUUUCGUAUACCUCUCUGCAACAAGUAUCUCCUCUUGUUUGGACUGUGUGCGAGUGUGCAUGUAUACAUGUAUGCGGUGAACAAUGGACAUAGG